CCUCCAGUUUCCGCGCGCCUCUUUGGCAGCUGGUCACAUGGUGAGGGUGGGGGUAAGGGGGCCGCUCUAGCUUGCGGGCUGUGUCUAUGGUCGGGCCCGUAGCGUCCAGCUGCACCGGACAGAGCUCGAGUGUAUGGCGCCUCAGGAUCUGGCUCCGGGGCCCCGAUAACGGGCCGCCCCCGCAGCUCCCGGCACGGAGUGAGGGUCUCCUCUGAUCUGAGAAUGGCUACUCCUCGAUAUGAGCCAGUGGCCGAGAUUGGUGUUGGUGCUUAUGGAACCGUGUACAAGGCCCGUGAUCCCCACAGUGGCCACUUUGUGGCCCUCAAGAGUGUGAGAGUCCCUAACGGAGGAGGUGCUAGCGGGGGCCUUCCCAUCAGCACAGUUCGUGAGGUGGCCUUACUGAGGCGGCUGGAGGCUUUUGAACAUCCCAAUGUUGUCCGGCUGAUGGAUGUCUGUGCCACUGCCCGAACUGACCGAGAGACCAAAGUGACCCUGGUGUUUGAGCAUGUGGACCAAGACCUAAGGACAUAUCUGGACAAGGCACCCCCACCAGGCUUGCCAGUGGAGACUAUCAAGGAUCUGAUGCGCCAGUUUCUAAGAGGCCUAGAUUUCCUCCAUGCCAACUGCAUUGUUCAUCGAGAUCUGAAGCCAGAGAACAUUCUGGUGACAAGUGGUGGGACAGUCAAGCUGGCUGACUUUGGCCUGGCCAGAAUCUACAGCUAUCAGAUGGCACUUACACCUGUGGUCAGUAGAAAGGUUGUUACACUCUGGUACCGUGCUCCGGAAGUUCUUCUGCAGUCUACGUACGCAACACCUGUGGACAUGUGGAGCGUUGGCUGUAUCUUCGCAGAGAUGUUUCGUCGCAAGCCUCUCUUCUGUGGAAACUCUGAAGCUGACCAGUUAGGCAAAAUCUUUGACCUGAUCGGGCUGCCCCCAGAGGAUGACUGGCCCCGAGAUGUGUCUCUGCCCCGAGGAGCCUUUUCCCCCAGAGGACCCCGUCCAGUGCAGUCAGUGGUACCUGAGUUGGAGGAGUCUGGAGCACAGCUGCUGCUGGAGAUGCUGACUUUUAACCCACACAAGCGAAUCUCUGCCUUCCGAGCCCUGCAGCACUCUUAUCUACAAAAGGCAGAAGGUAACCCAGAGUGAGCGGUGGCGUGGCUGCAACAGGACCAAGAGAAGAAAAGCCGUCGUCUCCCUUCCUUUGAACACUUGAGUGGAGAGCCCCCCAACUGAGAAGGCGACCUCAGCUUCAUCUCUGACGCUGUGGAAACUCCUCCCAGCUCUCCAGAGAGUAUUUUGCUGCCUUAAUGACAUUCCCCUCCCAUCCCAUCCCUCCUUUUGAAGCUUAUCCUUCCCCUGCCCCUCCCCCCCCCCCCGAUUUCCAUACACCAAGGGGUAUCUUCCUUGUUCUCCCCCUUCCUAUCUUGAUAUUGGGAUCUUUUUUUAUACAGGAAAAACAAAACAAAACAAAGAAA